GACGACACGCCGAUUCAGUCCUUGGCACACACGAUAUCGUUGCCGCCAAGCCACCCGAAGUCCAUCAGCUCGGAGAACCUGUCGCUGUUGAUUUCGCAGCUGACGUCGGAAAUCGCCAGGUUGGACUCCUCCAGCGCCCUCCCGCUACUCCACUCGAUCUUGCGGGUCAACUGGAUCCACCACUCGACAAUCCACGACGGCUUCUCCAGACACUACGCCACCUUUCUCACCGUCCUAGUGUCGACAAUACCUUCCUGGUGGAACGAGGUGGCGUCGAAAAUCAUCUUGGAUUUCCCAAGAUCAGACGAAACCGUUCUCUCCGCCCACCACGAGACCUUGAAAAAACUCAUCUCCUUGGCGCCAACCUCCUCCACAUCCUUGCCCCACUUGUUGAAGUCAAGCUUCCCUAAUAAAAACGCCCCAAAGGAAGAGAUUCUCAACUACGUGAAAAAUAUAUUGCAUUUAUCUGAGUACUACCAUGUCCUGGUGAGCUAUGUGUGGUCCCUAAUUUUUGAAAACUUCAUCAAAAUCGACGUCGAGUUGCAAAACCAGAUCGACGAAGUAGACGACGAUGACUUGACUGAAGCUCUCGGAUUGGAUGACUCCGAUAACGACGAAGAUGCGUCAGGAUCCGAUGAUGACGAUGACGACGACGAUGACGACGACGAUGACGAUGAUGACGACGAUGACGACGACGAUGUGGAUGACGACGAUGACGACGAAGGUGCUGAUAACGAAGAGGAUGACAAAGACGACGAUGAGUUUGAUGACGAAAUGCUCGACUCAGAGGCAGAAUAUACAAUUGAGCUUGAGUCUCUAUCAGAGUUGUCAGCCAAACUCGAUACUCUACUUUCAUAUUUACUUUCAUACCUAAAGCCAAACCUUUCUAUUGACUCGCUUGAAUCUGGCUUAGGUAUUCCCACUUUCAGUGCAUUAACUUCGGCAUUCCGUUCCAUAAUCUUACCAACCCAUGGCACUAAGGCAACACAAUAUAUUAUUUUCUACGCAGCCCAACAACAGCCAGAAUUGAUUGACGCAUUUUUGGUCUCGUUGUUUGAAAUUGUCUUCAGUGCAGAUAAAAGUAACCAGAACGCAAGGAUAACAGGUAUCCAAUACAUCGCAAGUUUUGUAGCUCGUGCAAACAAGCUCUCAGACACCCAGAUUGUCUCUGUUGUCACAUUUUUAAAAAGUGCUGACUCAUCAUCUCGUUUCAGUAACCUCAAUGACACAAAGAAAGAGUUCAACCCAAUGAAACAUACCCUUUUUUACAGUUUGGUGCAAGCAUUGAUGUAUAUUGUUUGUUUCAGAAAGAACUCUCUACGUGAACCAGAAUACCCUAAUAGAUGGGCUGCUGCAUUGGACAAGUUCUUCACGAGGGUGAUUGUGUCUAAAUAUGAUCCACUACGUUGGUGCAAUGAGACAGUGGUAUUGAUCUUUUCAAGAGUCGCCCAGUCAGAAGGCAUCUGUUACACAUGGAGUGUUGUUGAAAGGAUAAGAAGAGAAAGGGUAGGAAGGGUGAAUACGGACAAAAGCCAUGAGCAAAAGGAGGAAAAAGAGUUUCAGGACUCAGCAGCCAUUACGAGUACCAGUAUUACCAUCGGUACUCAGUCGUCCAUGCGUGCAACCCAACAGUUUCUCGAUCUUGUUGCAUUUUUCCCAUUUGAUCCCUUGCUUCUAAAAAAAUCACGGAAAAUCGUUCAGGAUACGUACGUCGAAUGG